AUGCUGGUCCACGUGCUUCUGCUGCAAACUACUCAGCACGCUGAGGUGCAGGGAGUCUAUCCUGCAUCCCCGAAACUACGACGACUCAACGAACAGUUCCAGCAGUUCCAGGCGCUGACCCAGGCCCGCUUGGACAUGUUGGCCCUGAACCAGAACAGAAACUCCUCGUGGGGGCUGGAGAGCCGCGUUCAGACCCUGAGCGACAACUGGCAGCGCGUGUCACAGGACCUCGACCACCUCAAGCUGAGCACAACGCAGGAGAUAGAAGGUCUCAGGGAGUGGAGUAGGAAGCUGGAGAAGAAGAGUAAACGUAUGGAAGGUCGUCUGGCUUCGCUGGAGAGGAACCUGAGGGAGAACCGCCGACACGCCCAGAAACAGACGCCCGAUCCUGGACCGGAUUUCUCCAACCUCACUCAGGAGCUCCAGAGCCAAGACGAGAGGCUGGCCGCCCUGAUGGACCAGCGCGACGAGCUGCUCAUCGGACUGAACGGGUUGCAGGAAUCCCUGAAGCACCAGGCCCAGCGCGUGACCCGGUUGGAGGGCCGGCUCGGUGAGGCGCUGCAGCAGAACGGAGGAGGUGAAGCCAGAAGGUUGUGGAGCUCCUACGUCCCUGCACCUCAGAGCCAGACUGGGAGGAUCCUGGAUGCUAAAUCCCUAUCAGAAGGUACCAGCUAUUCACAGACUGAUGAUCAAUCAAAGUCCACAGCGGAGAACCGAAACCACCCGGAGCCUCAUCGGUACCAGGCAACACCAAACCAGCCUAAACAGUCAAAGACCCAGAAGUCAAGACCUCAACCAGAAUCUCAUCAGCAGAUACAAGAUCAGGACUCAGAUCUUCAGCCCCGGUCCACAGAUCAUCUGCGCCAGCCUGACUCUUACCAUCCCCGGUCACAGAUCCAGCAGACCCAGAGGAAGUACCAGACCCGGCGACAAUCCCAUCCUCGUUUGAACCGCCACCCCCAGUCACACAACCCUGGUCGCCCCUCUUGGCACCGGCCCCCACCUCCUUCUGCACCCUCCCCUGAACCCACCAUCAAAGACAGACCCAGCGAGACCAGUCAGGGGUUUCACCGGGCCCUGGUUCCAGAUGAUCUCCCGCAGUCUGUGUCUCAUCAAGACCGGGAGAUCAGCUGGGACGGAGGAGAGGAGGAAAAAAGUGACUCCAAGGGAGAGUCUUCAGUGAUCCACAACUUACUCCAUCUUCCUGUGAGGCACAAGAUCCCAACACGACCCUUUCCCAAGAAGCAUGCAACCAUCUGCAACGUGGACUCCAUGCUGUUCUUCCCCUCGGCCUCAGCGGAGAACUACGUGACCUUCUUCCGGUCUCUCCCCGACCUCCCUGAACUCUCCGUGUGCCUGUGGCUGCGCGUGGAGGAGGCCUCCCACGUCGGCACUCUGCUCUCUUACGCCACGGACGUCGACGACAACCAAUUAGUUCUGUACGGACGAAACUCCUCCGCUUCUUCCUCAUCUUCCCGCCCCUCUUACGCAUCUUCUCCCUCGCCCUCCCUGGACUUUGUCAUCGGAGACCCCGUCUACCGGCGUCUCUCUGCGUCGGCCCUCCUGGACGCCCGGUGGCACCACCUCUGCGCCGUGUGGUCCUCCAUCCAAGGUCGUUUCUGGCACUACAUCGACCGGCGGCUCGCCUCCUCGGGGUCCAACUUCAGGAAGGGCUGGGAGAUUCCCGGCGGCGGAUCGGUGGUGCUGGGGCAGGAGCAGGACUCUGUCGGCGGAGGGUUCGACCCCGCGGAGGGUUUCGUUGGGCAGGUGGCCGGGUUCAGGGUGUGGAACCGGGUGCUGAGUCCUGCGGAGGUGGACGGGGUGGCAGAAGGAAGGGGUGUGCCCAGAGGGGUGGUGCUCGGCAUGGAGGACAUCAUGGAGGUUCAUGGGGAGGUGCAGCAGGUGGCGUGUGAAUGUUUGGAGCACUGUGUGUAAUACAAUUACAGAAGGAGGAUUCAAAUCAGUUUUAUUCCAUCUAAAAUAUACACUUAGAUUUUGUAUUCUUACAAAAGAAACUGGAACUAGUCUGAUUCAUCAACUCUCAAUAAUAAUCUGAGUUUGAUCCACCUGUCAAUCAUCAAAUACUAAUACAAAGGAGUGCAAAUGUUACUUUCAUGCCAAAAAUGAUGUUAUAUGUAUGCAUUGUUUUACACCUUUUCUGGUGGCUUUAAUGUUAUAUUAUUCUGUAUUUGACACACAUCUGUAAGAACCACAGUAAAGACAUUUUAUUUUUCAUCUAAGACCCGGAGCUCAGCAAAGACUCACUCCAUGAGACAGAUUCAUGUUAAAUAAUAAAACAGCCUAUAAUUAUUAACAUUAACUUUUACUCAUUUUAUUAAACAUUAUACAAAAACAGGAUUGAGAUUAAAGAGAUUUUCAAUUUUGUUUUACAAUGAUGCUGCACUUUUUUUUACAUGUCCGUUGAUAUAUUUUUUAUAGAUUAAAAGCCACGUGUGACUGUAGACACGAGAUAUCUUGGAUUCUUAGUAGAAAUUUAGAAUGCUUAUUUACAGUAUAUAUGAAAAAAUCUCAAAAUCUCAUCAUGCUUUUGUAUUAUCCUUUUUCAAAAGACCAA